CAUACGAGGGUUAGGAGAUCAGAACGCGGCACGCUCUCUAGGCGCGCAGACGAUACCGCAUUUUCAGAACUCCGUUAGCUACGCGGGAAACCACGGCAGUACAAUGCUAUCGAUUCGUCAACUGAUUUUCUUGCUGAUACUCAACUACUCGCAUCGGGCCUUAUGUGCGCCGGUGGCCCAACAUUCAGAAACGAACGACGCCUCGGAGAAUAAAACUGAUUUGCCGGUGGAGCAGUUGGAAAAAUUGAAAACGGCGGAUUCGAGUGGAGAUGGUGCUGGGAUCGGAAGCGCACACGUUGAAUUCCAUAGCCUCGAUGCCAUAAAAGCAAACGGCGAGCUUGUAUCUCGACUAGAGCAACACGCUUCGGCUGACUCGGUGAACGGUGAGAAACCACGGGUACACGCUCAAGCCCAGCUGGACGUGCCUUCGGAAGGUGUUCACCGCGUCCUCGAAAAUGACGGCUCUCAUGUCAGCGUGCAUGACGUCACAUCACCUCCAACGGCAGCAGCAGAUGAGGUUACUCCUAAGGUUUUUCACGGAGCAGCACGCCUUAUCCAGCCAGGCUCGGCAACCAGCGCGCCCCAGGGCCACACCGCAGCGCGCCGUGCUCUCAAUCCAGCUCCUAUUAAUCAAGUGGAACACUUUUCACCGGCGAACACAGCAGCCGGUGUCCAGUACACGCCGAUGGAGAUGGCCGAAUACGUGUUCUGGACCGGAGACGAGCGCGGCGUGACCACCGCCAUUGAAGUCUUCUUGCAGGAGGGAAUGAUGACGAAGGAAGAAGCUAUAUCUUUCUUAGAAGAAAUCAAAUUCAAUUUGGACUAUCUCCGCGCGCACUACGCGCAGAACAUGAAGGCUGCAGAGGAGAACGCUCACCAGGAGAAACUCAGGAACAUGCUCCUAGAACAGGUCAAGGAUUACCAGUACCGCGUUCCAGUGGUCCAGUCCUCGUUCGGAGGUAACCACGCGCGCGGCUGGGAGCUCGGCGCCGGCGCCCCCCUGGACCCCGUCAAACGCGCCUACGACCCGAUGCUCCAGACCAACAUUAUCAGCACAUCGGACUACGACCGCGACGGCCAGAUCAUCACCGAUGAGGAGUACGAGGAGAUGAUGGACAAACUGAAGGCAGCUGAUACUCUGUACACGGAAUACACUCUCGAGGAAAUCAUCUACCAGCUCGCCAAGAUGAUGUUCUCGCAGUCUCUGUCCCGGGACCCCGCGUCUGCGCGCGCCGCCACGCAGCGCUUCAUGGCGUUCCUAGAGCUGGAGGCCGAGCGGGGACAGCUCUCCCGGACCAUCGAGAAGAAAGUGCUCGAUGUCAUGAUCGCUGCUUUGACGGACACGAUCGGCGAUCACCCGGAACUGCUGCAGGCGCACGAUUCCAUCGGCGUGAGCCCUGGGAACAGGCUGAUGCGGCAGUUCCUGGAGACGAGUGCAUCGGAGCCGGGCAUGUCGCGCGCCAUACUGGCCGCCUACAAGGACGAGUUGCUGCGAGGACCGCCGCGCGCCCCGUACGAGCGGAACUAAGCGGCCGCGCCCGACGCACUCACGACCUUAUCGUUUACUUUACCGUCAACGUUAGUUACAUCACUAGUCCUUUAUUUGUCUACGCCAGCGGUCGGGGAACUUUUUUAUUUUUUAUUUAUUUAUUUAUUUACGUACACACAAAAAAUAAGACAUAGUACAGAGU